AUCCGGUCCGAAUAGAAAAUCACUUUCCCAAGCACUGGAAUAACCUAACCCUAAUACCGGUGUACCAAUUAUCCCAUCCACCAUCUCAUGCUACCGCUCAUCUCUCAUAGACGGUGGUACGCUAUAUUGCUCUCUCCUUCUCCAGUUUGUCUGCACCAGCCGUUCGUCUAAUAUCCCUGUUGAGAAGAAAAUUGAAUUUAGAAUAUAAUGGGAAAGAGGAAGUCAAGGGCUAAGCCAGCUCCCAAGAAGAGGAUGGACAAACUUGAUACUGUUUUUGACUGUCCUUUCUGCUGUAAUGUGAAGAGUGUGGAAUGUCGCAUUGAUAUGAAGUCCUUGAUUGCUGAAGCACACUGCAGUGAUUGCAAAGAAAGCUAUAGCACAACCGCUACAGCUUUAACUGAGGCUAUAGACGUAUAUAGCGAAUGGAUUGAUGAAUGUGAACGAGUUAACAACCUUGAAGAUGAUGAUGAUCUAAGAACCUACAAGAGGGGGGGUAGUAGGGAGGAGCAAGAUAUUGACGACCUUGAUGAUGAUAUAAGAGGAUCUUACAAGAGGCCUAGGCAGGAACUGGGUGGCAAUGAACUUGAUGAUGAAGACGAUGAUGAUAUAAGAUCUUACAACAAGAGGCCUAGUAGGCUGGAACAAGAUGAUGACCUUGAAGAAGAAGGAGAAUAUGAAGAUGAUGAUGAGGAUUUAAGAUCUCACAAGAUGCCCUCUAGACGAGUUCAUGACCUUGAUGAUGAGGAGGUGGAAGAGGAAGAAGAGGAGGACGAGUUGUAAGGAAGCCCUACAAAGAAGACAGGCUGACUGCCUUGGAAUAUUGGAACCUUAAAUGCGUCCUUUCAUUUUUAUGAUCUAUUGAAUAAGCGCAUGCCUGACUUUCCUGUGAAGCCGUUGAUAGUGGCCUGUUGAAAUGCAGCUAUUCUAGUGUGACAUAGUUUAAUACUACGGUAUAUGACAAGUACUAUCUGUGCUGUUUGUGAUGCGAUAAAGUUAACUCUAUUCUGAUAAUAAAUUCAUUAAUAUCUUUAGUUAAAACAAACGUCUGAAAGUACACGCGAAAUGUACUUCAUUAUAUAUGUUUG